GGACAGUGAAAGAUGGCAGCGACCCCGGCAGCCACAAACACACCUCUUUUCGACUGUCCGUCAUGGGCUGGCAAACCUCCACCCGGCCUGCACCUCGAUGUCGUCAAGGGGGACAAACUCAUCGAGAAGUUGAUUAUCGAUGAGAAGCGUUUCUACCUGUUCGGGCGGAACCCUGACCUGUGUGACUUCACUAUCGACCACCAGUCCUGUUCUCGUGCCCACGCCGCUCUCGUGUACCACCGGCACCUCAAACGCGUCUUCCUCAUUGACCUCAACAGCACGCAUGGCACGUUCCUGGGCCACAUCCGGCUGGAGCCCCACAAGCCUCAGCAGGUGCCUCUGGACUCCACCAUGUCUUUCGGGGCGUCCACGCGGGUCUACACCCUCCGCGAGAAGCCGCAGAGCCAGAGCCAGGGCCAGGGCCUUAGCCAGACGGGCACGGCCGCGGCCACGGCAGGAGGAGAGGCCAAGGGGGCGGAGGAGGAGGAGCUGAAGGGACUACUGGGGCUGCCGGAGGAGGAGACUGAACUAGAGAACCUGACGGAGUUCAACACGGCGCACAACAAGCGCAUCUCCACGCUGACCAUUGAGGAGGGAAACCUGGACAUCCAGCGGCCCAAGAGGAGGAGGAAAAGCUCCCGCGUCUCCUUCAGCGAGGACGAGGAGGUCAUCAACCCAGAGGAUGUUGACCCCUCCGUUGGGCGUUUCAGGAAUAUGGUGCAGACCGCCGUCGUCCCCAUCAAGAAGAAGAGGUUGGAUGGGGGCGGUGCCCUGGCCCUGGGGCUGGGUCUGGAUGACGGUAUGGGGCGGCGUCUCCACAGCUUCCCCCUGAGCGCCGGCCUGUACGGUGACCUGCCCCCCACGGCCCACGAGGCGCACGAGGCCCACGAGGCAGGGGGCUCGGGUAACGCCGCUGCCCAGGGAGCAUCCACCAUCCUGGGGGGCCUCCCGCUGCCCUUCCCCAACCCCGCCCCCGAGGUGGACCUCUCCUCCUCCCCCACCACCACCACCCCACAGGCCCCCGCGGUGCUGAAGACCGCCCCCGGACCCACAGCGACCGCCCCCUACACCACGGGAGCAGAGGCCCUCAACGAGCCGCGCAAGAAGAAAUACGCCAAGGAGGCGUGGCCUGGGAAGAAGCCGACGCCCUCUCUACUCAUCUGAUUGGCUGGGAUCGUGUGUGUGUGUGUGUGUGUGUGUGUGUGUGUGUGUGUGUGUGUGUGUGUGUGUACCCCAAGCCUUCUCUACUGAUCUGAUCGGCACAUCACGGCAUCCUGUCUCCUAUUGAACACUAUGGAUGUUGGCAG